UGAUUGAUUGAGUUCAUGAAUUAGAUCUGUUGAUCGAGUUCAUGACGCUAGUUUUGGUUAUAUCGAGUGCAUGAUGCUUGAUUGAGAAUUUUAUGCUAGCUCAGUCGAUGGAGUUCAUGAUGCUUGAUUGAGUUCAUUUGCUAGUUUUCGGUUUUAGCAAAUGGUUAAAUAAAACUGAAAAUGAUAUAGAAUGAUAUAGAUUUGGUCUGUGACUUUAGCAAGUUCCUUGACAUGCGUCUAACUUUGUCUAGCUUUUGUUUCUUGUUUGCAGAUGGUGCAACCGCAAGAACCUCAUUUCUUCCAACCUUUGCUUCCUGGAUUCCAGACUCACUUGACAAUACCCAUUGUAUUUUUCUCCAAGCACAUCCAAGGGAAGACGAAUGGGAACACAUGGACACUAACAUCCGACGUUAUGGAUCAAACAUGGCAAGUGAUACAAGAAGAGAGGCGACUCACCCGAGGUUGGAAGGAGUUCGCUGAGGCACAUGACCUUCGAAUAGGAGACAUUGUCAUCUUCAAACUCAAAGGUUCCAUGGUCUUUCACGUCACUCCCUUUGGUCCGAGCUGCUGUGACAUCCAGUACACAUAUCCCAACUCAAUGGAAGAAGCCCAUGACCACCAGAACAAUACAGGAACAGGGGCUAGGUUUUCUUACUCGUGGGACUACUGUUUUAAGGCUGAGGUCACGGAUUCUAAUGUCCGUGAAGACAAACUUGUGAGUGAAACGAGUGUUCUUUUGUGUACUUACACAUCUUUAUGUUGUUCUGACACAUAUGUUUAUGUUCUUUUGUUGCAGGAUCUCCCUGUGGGGGCUACUGGUUGUAAUGCUCUGAACAAAGAAUGCAAGAAGGCGAAACUAGUGAACAUAGAGGGAAAGGCGUGGAAUGUGUCAAUGCGAUUUAACGAAUCAGGCGGCUUCUACUACAUCAAAGGGUGGAGAAAGUUCUGUGCUGAAAACAAAUGCCACAUUGGAGACAGCUUUGUCUUCAAUGUGGUUGGAGAUGGGAACACUUUGCCAUUGAUGUGUCUGUUCUCCAAGUAAGGAGUGUCUUAAAUCUGCAGGUGACAUUGCUUCUUCCUCCCGGGUGAACUAGGAAGAUCAUGUGUUCUAGUUGGGGACGCGUCUAUGUUGGUUGUGACUUGAUCUUAAGAGCACAAUGUCUUGUGCUUUGAACUUAUUUUGUGUGUCUUUUAUAUGUUUGCUUUUUGGUACUUUCAACUUGUUAUUUUGAUUUGAUGGUACUUUGAACUUGUUAUUUCGGUUUGAUGUUGCAAACUUUUAGUUAAUUAUUUUCAUGUCAAUUAGUUAUA